AAGUGGUUUUUUCUAGAGAGAGAAAGGCUUUGUAGUACCUACCAUAUAUGGAGAGAGCAGACACAACUUUCCUUAUGUAGAAGACGACUGUUAUCUCUUUUGGGAAACCAGAGAUACAUACACCUAUAGAUAUAGAGAUAUAUAUAGAUAUAUAUCUAUAGAGAGAGAAAGUAGAGAGAGAGAGAGAUCCAAGGAAGACGACGACGAAGACUGAUUGAUUACUUUGGUCAAGUCUCCAUUUGUCUGCAUCCAAAAUCUUCUGAAAGGAUCGAUAUGGGGAGGGGUAAGAUCGUGAUUAGGAGAAUUGACAAUUCAACGAGCAGGCAAGUGACGUUCUCGAAGAGGAGGAGUGGAUUGCUGAAGAAGGCUAAAGAGCUUGCGAUCUUGUGUGAUGCUGAGGUCGGUGUUAUGAUUUUCUCUAGCACCGGCAAACUUCAUGAAUUCUCCAACACUAGCAUGAAGUCGGUGAUUGAUCGAUAUCAUAAAGCAAAAGAAGAACAACAAUUGACAAGCCCAAUUUCAGAGGUCAGGGAACCACCAAGACCAGCACCAAAGCUAAAGGACAAAGAAGCUGCAUGUUUCAUGGGCAAGGACCAGAGUCAGGAACCCCUGCAAUUGCUGUUCUGGCAAAGAGAGGCUGCAAUGUUGAAGCAACAACUGAAGAACCUGCAAGAGAACCACAGGCGAAUGAUGGGUGAAGAACUUUCUGGUUUAAGUGUUAAAGAUCUACAGAGCAUGGAGAACCAACUCGAAAUGAGUCUCCGAGGCAUCCGCAUGAAAAAGGACCAACUUCUUUUCGAGGAAAUCGAAGAACUAAACCGAAAGGGGAAUCUCAUCCAGCAUGAAAACGUGGAACUGUGUAAGAAGGUAAAUCAAAUUCGUGAAGAAAAUGUCGAACUUUAUAACAAGGUUUAUGGAAUAAGGGAUGCAGACCCCGCAAACAGAAAUGUUUUUGCAACAAACGCUUCAAGCAUAAGAGAGGAUCCACAUGCCCCCAUCCAUCUCCAGCUUUCCCAGCCAGACCCACACGAAGCAAUUGAAGCAUCACUCCGUUCUACAAAUUUGGGAUUGCAACUACAUUAAAGGAUAGAUGGGUUUAACUCCAAAGGUGGUGAAUUGAUUGCUUAUCAACGAUAAGCCCAUCUAGUGUAAAAGCUAUCUAGUAUUAGUCAGUGGUUUCCAGAUCAUAGGCGAUUCAGAAGGACAUCUAGUGACGUGAAUCAAUCAAAUUCAGUACACGGGGAUAAUCAAAAAGAACCAGCUGCCCAUAAAAGGUUAAUGAAGAAAAUAAAUUGAAGGUCAAAGAACUGCAUAGUCGGGUGUGUUGUUUAGUUCCAUGGAUAUUAUGAUUUCAGAUUGAGCAUUGAGAUGAAAAACUGAUAUCGAAGGUAUGAUUUGUACU